AUGGAGGGAAUAAGGUACAAUGUCUUGACUCAGGACGACCUCCGCGUGCGGCAAGAGGUGGACACGCACAAGGUGGGCGAAUUGCUGUCCAUCGCCCCGGGGCUCGCCGCGGUCCUCCUGCGCCACUGCCAAUGGAGACCCGAGCGCGUCCAGGGCGGGUGGUUCGACAACGGGGAGGCGUUUCACGUCGCCGUUGGCCUGCCAUCGUCGGAGGACGACGUCUCCGGUCCCAGGGUGCUCACAGACCGCACGCCCAACUGCCGAUGCUUCGACGGCAGCCCCGGCCGGCCGUCUAGAUCGUCGGGUUGCUCCCACUACUACUGCGACGAGUGCUGGCGCAGGUACAUCCGCUUGGCGAUGGACGACAAAGGCCCGCGGUGCCUGCCGCUGCGGUGCCCGCACCCGUCAUGCGUGGUGCCCGUCGUGUGGGAGCUAGUCGUCGAUGUGGUCCACGACGCCGACGCGGACACCAUGCUGGCCCUGUACGAUCAGUUCAUGCUCCUGUCCUACGUGGAUGACAGCGGCGGCAGGAUCCAGUGGUGCCAUGGCCGCGCUUGCAGCCGUGCCGUCGAGUUUCUCGGCAGCAGCGAUGGCGAUGAUUCUGCUUCCACGGACGUGUUGUGCGAGUGCAGGCACGGCUUCUGCUGGACAUGUGGCAAGGAGCCUCACCGUCUGGUGUCGUGCGACGCGGCGCGAGCAUGGGUGGACGAGAAUAGGCCGCUGCAGGCUUCGCUGGACGACCUGAAGAGAGCUACUGGUUCGAGAACAUGGCCACUGAUCUGGGCAUCGAGGAACAAGUGCGAGCUGUUCGGCUGCUUGCUCAAGGAAGCCAAGGAUUCGCUCGACAGCCUGCAGCUCUGCGCCGAGCAGGAGAAAGAGAAACUGACGCUCUGCAACACCGACGUGGUAGCCAUUGCCGAGACGUACUCGGCCUCCAAGAAGACGGUCAUGGACCACACCAGAGAGACGCGGCAGCACUUCGACAGUCUGGUGAAAGCGGCCGAGACCCAUUUUCAAGACUAA